GUUCGGAAGAUGAGCGAUUCACCGCCGCCACCCCCGCCACCACCGCCGGCGUCCCCGCGCCAACCGCCUCCGCCAGAGCCUACGCCGUCCCCACCGACGUCUGCGCCUCCACCGAGUCGCGUGGCUCCGACCACGGUCGUCGUCCCGAUCCCGUCGUCCAAGCUGCUCCAGCACGCACCGCUGGACAUUGCCGACGACUUGGAUCGGAACUGGGCGUGGCACUAUGCAGCGGCGCAGAAGACGCUGGUGGGCGAGAAGGACCGCGACGCCUGCCUCGCCAAGAUCAAGGCUGGCGAGAACUUUGAGAAGCACACGGCGAUGCUGUAUGCGUGCUUGACGGCCGAGUCGACCUCCGACCGCGAUCUCUACUGGCACGUGCUGCGUGCGCUCGUGGCCGACGCCGACACCGUCCGCGACAAGACAAUGCAAGGGCUCCAGUCGCUCAUCGAGGUGCGCUUCCAGAAGCUCCUGAGCGGCCCGCGCGCCAACUUGUACUUUGUGCUCGAGCAAGGUCUCUCGCUGCAAAUGGACACGCUCCUCAUCGUUCUCAUGCGCCACAUUGGCCCUCUCUCGGUGACGCCAUGCUUGACGAGCUGGCUGCUCACGGUGCUGGGUGCGCACUUGACGACGCUCAGCGAUGCGGUCGUUGCGCACGCCAUCUACACGCUUCUAAGCAUCGCGCCAGAAGCCAUGGCGUCUGUGGCCCCACCAGCCACCCUCCUCGACGUGUGCAGCCGCCUCUUCGUCGAGAGAAAGGCCGUCGUCCUCGUCAUCGGGCGUGAACUCGUUCGCCUCACGUACGACUGCCGGGAUCUGCUACCGACGCUUUGGGCCGACGUCCAGAGCCAGCAUCUCCCGACGCUCCUCGGGACGCCGACGCCGGCCAAGUUUCUCAUCUGCCGCCUCUCGGCCAAGAUGCAGGACCAGCUGCGCUUCUUGACGGACAAGGUCCUGCACGUCGCCGCGCACCGGUACCAAAAGUGGUUCCAGACGUCGUUCUUGCAAGGACCGCUCAACGGCGGUGUCAUCGCCGACGUCGUGCGCUACAUUUGCGCCGUGUACCACCCGACGUCGCAGGUCGUCGAGGCCAAGAUGACGCCGCGCUACCACGUGCUUGGCUGGGUCUUCCUCCUCUGCAAAACGCCGCUGGCCAAGCAGCGGGCGCUCCACGCCAUGUUCUUCGACUACAUCUACUUUGCCCACGACGUCUCGCUAAAGUCGACCAAGAACCGCAACCUGAGCAUGGUCACUGAUAUGCUCACGUUCUUGGUGAGUGCGGUCGAGGCAGGCGAGAGUGACCGAGCGAGCCAAAGCAUGCAUGCACUCAUUCAGAAGGGCGUCAUGCGCAGCGUGAGCCCGGUCCUUGAAGCCAUCAAGGACGACCACUCGCUCCUUGCGCGGCUCCAACGCGCGCUCCCGGCACAUUUUUCGCCCAAGAGCAACCCACCAUCGACCACAUCGUCGCCGGUUUCGUCGCCGAGCCACCACCAGUCGCCUGUGUACACGCAGCCGUCUCCGCGCCAGCAAUCACCGAGCCACCAACCAUCGCCCAGCCACCGGCAAUCGCCCAGCCACCGGCAGUCGCCGAGCCAGCGGCAGUCGCCGAGUCGGCAGUCGCCCAAUCAACGCAAGUCGCCGGGGCAGUCGAGUCCGAGUAUCUCGCGCAGCCCUGGCAACGUAUCGCCGACAACGUCAUCGGCCGAGCUGCACGACGAGCCGGAUGCGUGGCAGGAGCAAUCGUUUCUGCAAGAGCGGUCGCAGUCGCUGGAGACAGGUGUCGCGCCCGUCACGUUUCCCGAGUCGCUCCGGCCAUUCGAAGAGCCUUUGCAGUUGCUGCUGUCGGCCCAAGACAACGACAAGCUCUGCAACGCGAUCGCUGUCGUGCUCACGGCGUGGAGCCACUCGCCGGAUGCGAUUGCGCUGAGCAGCGACCUCGGUGGCUUUAUGUACAAGUGCCUCGAGCGGUCCUUCCUCACAUCCAUGGCCACGCCUCAGUAUGUGCUCGAGCAGUGCCUCCAGCGCCCACCGCAGCUGUACCUGCCGCUGCUUCAGGGAAUGUUCAAGCACGACUCGGUCAUGAGUCACCGCCUUCUCGUGCACUGCUGCACGCAGUCGGGCAAGAAGCCGGACGAGGCUCUCCAGCCGUACCUGUCGUUUUGCGAGCUCGUAGGUGUCGAAGCACCGACCGCCAUUCUACAGGACCUCUCGCUCAGCGUGCACGUGGACGAAGCCAUGGCGUUAGCCUCGUCGCUCCUGCAGCAGCCAUCGACGCCGUCGGGCGCGGCCGUCGAGACCACGGUGCUGCGCGUGCUGCCGUUCCUCUUUCGGCACAGCUCGGAGCUGAGCAGCUGGGGCGCGCUGCCGCGCAUGGACGCGAUGGUUCGCCAGCUCGUCUCGGUUGCGACGCCGUGCCAGCUCAGCACGCUCUGCAUGCGCGUGCUCCUCAAGGAAUUCGCCAUCUUCCGCGACCAUAUGGCCACGAUCUUGCUGAGCUCGCUGCAGUGGAGCGCGUUCGAACAGCAGAGUACGUGGGAGCUCCUCGCGGUCGAGCAAGAAGCCAAGAAGAAGGACAAGGGCGUGCUCGCGGCCUUGCGCAAGGUGCUUGCGUGCAUGGACCCACGCGUCCACGGCGAGGCGCUCGCCGGUCUCUUGCGCCUCUUGCUCCACGCCUGCAUCACCAAGCUCUCGGAUGCAUUCGACCCGUUCCCGCUCAGCGUCCUCGCGGUCUGGAGCGAGAAGCACCCGAGCAUCGUGAAAGGCUACCUCCUCAGCGAGAACAAGGACACGAAAGAUGUGCUCCGGCAGCUCAACAAGCUCUACGCGAUCGACGAACCGCCGGCCGAGGUCUACGCCGACGACGACGUGCGCCGCGCGAUCGCCAAGGCCCUCGAAGGCUUCGCGGACGCCGCCGAGACGUACCCGACGCUCGUCGAGGUCUGCGUCGAAGGCGCGCCCCACAAGAAGCAGCGCACGGACGAGUAA